AUUCUUCACUAAGCGCUUCACCAAAUGGCUUUCUACAAUACAAUAACACACCUUCUAAGCCUCAUUGCCCUAGUGUAUGUAGCUGGAGAAGUGCUCAAAAAUUUGACAGCACAAAGUUGUGGCUGUGCCCCAGAGAUAUCUUGUAGCCAGUAUGGCUACUGCGGCAGCGGCGAUGAUUACUGGGGCCAGGGUUAUAAAGAAGGCUCUUGUACUAGCAGCGGUGGCAGCACAACUACCACACCAAGGACCAAUGGUGGUGGUGGUUCGUCGGUGGCUGAUGUUGUAACCCCAGAAUUAUUCAACAAGAUCAUUUACAAGGGAAUGGUACUGAGGAAGAUAAGGAAGGAGCUCUUGCUUUAGCAAAUGCGACAGAUGCGACAGAGAAGGCUCUGCAAUUGCAUGACAACCCUAAUUCUAUAGUGAAAGGAACAGCUAAAUCUAUUGCAGUAUUUUUAGCCACUCGAUCCUAUCAAGGUCUAGAUAUACAA